AUGACAAUCAUCACCGGUGCCUCCUCUGGUAUCGGGUACGCCGUCUCCAUCGAAAUGGCCAGGAAAGGCUACCAAGUCUAUGCCUGUGUGAGAAGAUUGGAGCCAAUAGAGGAAUUAAAGAAGUAUGCUAAGGCUUACAUCGAAAAGGAGACCAACGGCAGACUUGACAUGUUGUUCAAUAAUGCCGACCAGUCGUGUACCUUCCCGGAGAUAGACGUUACUGACGAACAAGCGUUGCAGUGUUUCCAGGUUAACGUUCUUGGCCCGGUUAGAAUGACACGUGAGCUUUCUCCACUUUUGAUUGAAGUUAAGGGUAUCAUCGUCUUUACUGGCUCCAUUGCGGGUAUUAUGCCCUUCCCGUGGAGCUCCAUUUACGGUUCUACCAAAGCUGCAAUCCGUCAGUUUGCGGCUGUCUUGCACUUGGAGAUGAAACCAUUCGGUGUUAGGGUGCACAAUGUGAUUACCGGGGGUGUCAAGACGAAUAUCGCCGACACCAGACCUUUUCCAGAAACCUCUGUCUACGCCUGUCCUGAGCUUGACGUAUCGCUUAUUAAGAGAAGGCUGAUGGCUGUCGACAAUAAUCCAAUAUCAGCCGAGGAAUAUGCCAAGAAGGUUGCUGACGACAUUGAAUCCAGCAGCAACAGACUCAACGUCUACAGGGGGACCAUGGCUACUAUUUUGCCAACCCUUAUGGCGAUAGUUCCAAGAUUCAUUAUUGAAAGAUUCUUUUCCAAGAAGUUCAAGUUGUUGCCACUCUGA